AUGGUUGCUAUUACUGGUGAGAAGAUCUCUCUCUCGGACUUGAACGGCCCGGCCAUGGUGGAGAACUCGAUCACUCUCUGGGAGCUUCUGCUCAGCUGGACGGAGAUCUGCAUGUCCAUGAACUGGAGGUCGUGGAGGUGGCCACGGUCGCGGAACUUCGAAUAUCUACAGGGGACUCCUGCUCCCUCGCGUGCGCCCACACCCUUGCCUGCGUCCGCUCCUCCUACAAUCGAAAGCCUGCAGCAGAAUUGGAGCUGCCAGAUGGCACCCAGUAUCAAGAGUAUCGGCGGUCUCUGA